AAGGCUAAAGAAGUUGUGGUCGGUAGAAUCCCGUACGGUUACGAGCCGAUCAAAUGCAAACCUCCUUAUUGUAAUCCAUUCGUUCACCAUACGGGAGUUGCUGUUGAGGUCGAACAAGGGGACGAUACCUUCUUUAUUGGUGGCAUUGACCUGCCACUGCCAAUCGGACCGCUCGGCUCAGGUGUUCGCUUUCCUUUGUCGGGAGCAGUGGAAGCGGGAACGUCUCCAUACGCAUACGCCCAUGGUCAUGCAUUCAAUCCAGUGUCCCCGUUUGACUUAAACUCCAUCAAUGACGAUGACGUCACACAGGUGGGAAAUCGGCCAAUUCGACGAAGCCCUGUGAAGAAUAUUGACAAGGACGCAUUCUAUAGAAAGUUCUUCGAUAAGCUCCCUCAA